AUGUCAACAUCAUCAAUCCACUACUAUUGUCCAGUUUCAUUUAAAUACAGACUUCCAGCACUUGUUGAGUUUGUUAAAUCACACUUUAAUAAAGAUAAAAUAGUCAUUAUCUGCAAUGGCCCAAAACAAGUUGAAUUCCUUUCACACUAUUUCAUUCUUCUUCAAAUGACACCAUGCCGCAUUGUUGCUACAAUGUCACAAGAAGACCGUCAAAAUGCUGAACAGCGUUUCCAAGGAGCAAUCAAUAUUUGCUUGGUAUCACAAUCAAUUGUUGAAAAUGUUAAAUUAGGAAAUCCAACAUGGGUUGUUGAGUACGCCGUUCCAACAGCACUUUCAUCAUACGUUAAGAUGGUUCAAAAUAUUAAGGCACCAAAAUGGAUUCUUUUCGUAGAACCAAAUAAUGAAAAAGCAUUCAUUGAACGUUGCAAGUCAGCAGGACUCGAAUCUAAGGAGCUUCCUGUUACAGUUAACAAAUUACCAAACAUUGUUCCACGUCUUCUUGGUUUUCUUGAUCGCCGCUAUGAGUUUUAUAUGUCAUCACAGUUUGGCUACAGAGAAAUGAUUAGUGCUUAUGUUAAUUCAGAAAAUGAAGAAUUUAAUGCUCAAAAGUUAAAUCUUUUGGAAGCAUCAAUUUCAUUCGGUAUAGAGCACCCACCAAAACUUCCUUUAACAAAGUAA